AUGCUAGCAGCGGAUCUCGAGUUGGGCGUUGCAGCGCCGUCCACCACCGCAGCACCCGUCACGGGGCUGGAUCCGCCCGCCGCUUUGGAGUCGGUCGAGUCGCAAGCAGGUGCUGCUGACCAGAGUGCGCCUGCCCCGCAUGACAACGAAAACGCGUUUGAAAGCUCCGAGGGGAGUGCCGACAUCUCGCUCUCGGAAGACGACUCGGCGUUUUCCGACGACGGCUACGAAAGCGACCGCCACUUGAUCGAGCACGAGGACGCAGUGGAUGCUCCGCAAGUGCACGCCCCGGACGUUGCACUGCUGGACGCUCCGAUGUACUACUCAUCCAGCACUGCCACCGAGUACUCGGACAUUGAGGUGGCCGAGCCGGUCGUCGUCGAGCUACCUGCCUUUGCACCGCAUGCCUCGUUCGAGCUACCGUCGCUGCCCGUUGUCGAGGAAGUGCCGCCCGUCGUCGAGGAAGUGCCGCCGGUAGAGCGCGCCGACGAAGGCACGUCGUUGUUUGUUCCGUACAGCGGUGUCGACCACACGGGUGCUCGAAUUCCCGGGACACUGUCACCAUCGUCAUCAGAAGAAGACGACGACGACGAAGAGGAUGAGGAAGAUUACGACUUUGGCGGCGGUUUGUCCGGCGACGAUGCGCCAAACGGUGCAGACCAGGCGCCCAACGUCGGCGUCGAGCAAGUGGCAGUCGGGUCAAUGGUACCUACAGACACCGCAGCCGUCGCCGUGGCAAGCGACCCGCCGCCUCGCUCGCUUGACGUUGCAGAAGCGACGACCGCAACGCCGUCGACGCAGGUGCCUGAAACAAGUCCGCUGCCCGAUCUCGAGUUUGUGAUUCAAGUGCCGGCGCUUCCUCGGUUGUCACAUCUUGCAUCGCCGGUGAUUGGCUACGGCGACGCAAGCGGUCAACCGCGCGACGGCAGCGCAUCCAAUACCGCUGCAUCGUCGGCCGUCAACUUGGACGCAAACCUGUCUCUGUCGGACGACUCGGACGACGACUUUGCCGCCGAGCUUGAGCGAGAGACGCUACCCGUGGCAUCGUCGGAGCGACAGCAAGGGGUCGCCGGUAAAAGGAGCCGCGCAGUUGACGAAGCGAGCAGCUGUGCCCCCGCGCCGUCCAGCAAGCACGGCAAGGCAGCGGCAAGCACAUUGAGUUUGAACGUGGACGCCAAUCUCUCCUUAUCCGACGACUCGGAUGCGGACUUUGCUGCCGAGCUAGAGGCCGAGACUGCCGCAACGUCCUUGGCAAAGCCUACGCAGCGUGUUCCAGCGGCCACGUCAUCGACCUUCAACUUGGACGCGGAGCUCUCGCUUUCGGACGACUCGGACUUUGUCGCGUCCCUCGAGCGUGGCAACGUCAAGAAGACACCCGCGCCGUUGACGGAAGCACCGUCAGGUUUGAAUUUGGAGGCCAACCUCUCGCUCUCCGACGACUCGGGCGAUGCGAAGGCGCCACCGGCAGCCGGCAACGUGGCAUCAGUGGUGGAGAGCAGCGACUCGGACGCGUCGUUUCUCGCCGAGCUGCAUCGAGACAGUCCGCCGCCGCCGCCGACCAAGCGAGGCCGGGGUCGCCCGCGAAAGCAGCCUGUCGCUGCGAUGGGUGCUCCCGGGUGCAAGCGAUCGCUCGCAGCAACGAGUCCAAGCACCGAAAAGCCCAAGCGCGGAAGAAAGCCGGGGAAAGCAAAGGCGCCUCCACGUCCGGCGCCGGGCGACGCCGCGCUUAACGAGGAGCUGAAUCGAGAGCUCGUGGCAACGGCACCACGUAUUUUGAGUGCCGGUUUGUCGGAUACGCUGUCCGAGCUGGAGAAGGAGCUCGAGAGGGAGCUCAUGUCGCUGCCGUCGCCUUUGGUUGCGCCACCGAAGGAGCGCCCACCCGUGAUUUGCACCCGUGAAAACAACGCCAUGGAAGGUCUCAGGCGCGGCCCGGCCGCCGCGACUCGGUACGGCGGCACCUCAGCCGUUGACGACGCCGUCGACGUCGACCGAGACUGUGCAAUCCGCUGCCGCGUCGACGCCAACGUCGCCGACGCUGACCGAGCGAGUAGCACCGCCUGUCGCGCCGACGUCAACACGGCCUCGCCCAUUUGCAACGCCGAUGGCGUCGACCCCGAGAGCUCCUGCGCUGCAAGUUCCAUUGGAUGCCACGGUGCCGCGUCCUGUGCCGCCAACGACAAUUGCCGGCCGUGCCUCUACCUGCCGCAUCUGUACCUCGACUCGGACCCUCGCAACCACUGCCAGGCCCACCUCGACUAG